GGCGAUUGGAGGGGUUUUAUGGAAAGCUCUUGAAAUCUUCCGUGACAAUAUUGGCAAUCGAUAAAGAGAUUGCGGUCCCUCUUUUAAGAUUCGAUCGCUUAGUGACUAUUUGAGGAGGAGUGGUUCGUGACACGGCGAAUUUCUUUGUGGGGGAUAAAAAGAAAAUAAGGGUUUCUCUCUUAUUGCGUGGGAUAAUAUUGUUUUUUGCAAAGCCUACACACAGACACCAUGUCGUGUUUAAACAAGAUAACCGAGAUUAUAACAAUCACUUUGUUUCCGCCUCCUUUUCGCACGAUAGACACAAAUUGCGCACUAAAUAUGCUUUCUUAAAAUGUGCCAAAUUAGCGAAUAUAUUGCUGUCGAUCUUGAUAAAUAAGUCUAAUAAUCAUAUCGUAAUAAUAUAUUAUAUCCAUAAGAUAAAAGAACAUAUCCUAUGUUACAAGCAUUACUCUAAUAAUGAGAUAUUAAUGCGAGAAACAUAACCUACAGAACAUAUCUUAUGCUCUCUUGGCAUUAUGUUAUGAUUCAUAUUUACAAUUUUGCUCAUUCAUCUUCUUUGACCCUCGGAAAUCAGAGCUGGGAAUUAACAUGUUUCCUACGUAAAUUGUAUGUCGUGCUCUUAAGUUAUCGCAAAAGAUCAUAAGAUCUGAUGCUUCAUUGGUUAUGGUCAACUAUGGAUAAAACUUUGUGAAAUAAAUCGCGAUUUUGUUUUUUUAAAUUGUAAAAACAUUUAACGGUGUUGAAAUAUAGCGCCGUUUAAAAAAUCUUUUUAAAAACCCUUAAAUUAAAAUCAGGUAAUACUAUCACAUUAAAAAUAAAAAAAUUCUGACUUACUUGUGUAGGCGUUCCCCUGAAUCGUCCCCAGUCGUAACGCAAGUUUUCGGAAGGGAGAUUUCGGAAGCGCGCAAAGCUUAAAGGGAAGGGAGCAAAGAACGUCACUUCCCUUUCCCGCUAUUUCCCGCUAACCUGUAAGACUUUGAUUGAUUGAUUGACUUUUCCCACCGAGCUCAGAGUCCAGCGGUUUACCGCAUUCUGUUAUGCGCAAGCACUACUUUCAAACAAGUGGCGCGAUUUUUUUUUCGAACAAGCUAAAGUUGAAAUGAGAAAGUCCUAAAAUGCUACUAAAAUUCUUCAAACCGCCUCCAUAUUUUGUCCACAUGGUGAGCUUCUAAUUCUUCGAGAUUAAAGGCCUUGUUUCUAUAAGAAAAACGCCAUGGGAAGAGGUCAAAUUAUUAUGAUUUUGGUUGGUUUGCUUUGCCUGGCGAAUGAAUCUUAUUCGGAUGUGAUUGCAAAGAGUAGUCUACAAAUGUGCGAAAACACGGGAAAUAGCGACGAUCCAUACAAUGUGGUUGACCAAAAAGCCUGUGAGAAGAAACUCAUCGUGACUUUGUCAGUAAGAAGCGGUCAGAACGGUACUGAGUUUCUGAAAGCAGUGACAAAUGUCAGUAAGGUCUACGACCAGACAGAAAAAGAGAUGGCUCGCCUCUACAAUCCAUUUAUAAUCACGCUAGCUAAAACACCAGUGAAACUUACCUACCCCUAUUACUACCUUGCAAUGGUGAAUAACAAGCCAACAGAGCGUGUCGUCAUCUCAGACAGCAAGUGGCACGCCUCGGGUUCAUACCAUGCCUGCAGUGAUGCCUGGGAUGACGAGGAUGCACUUUGUGGCUUCUACACGGAUGCAGAGGGCAAGCCUAUCUGGGACAGCCAGGGUUUCUGCUGUCGCUGCACAGAGCAGGAGAAAUGGCGUGGCUCAUUUAACGACAAGAACCCUUACUCGCGUGCUGGUAUCAACUGCAAAUUAUUCGGGACUCAGGCUGCAGCGCACUGCAUGACCUUUGAUGAUCUGUGGUACACAGUGAAUGAGGUGGGGCUGUGGCAGAUGGACUUUAGCAUCCACGUGAAGGCCUACGACCUGGUGGUUGAAAAAGUGGGCAAUAAGACACAAUCCAAAUGGGUGGAUGGAGGAGAAAUUGUCAUUGGACCUACCAUCAGAAGUGGGGUGGGCGUACACGGCAGGCUCCACGCGACGUUCAUCGGCGAGUUCCAGUCACACAAGCAGUUCCCUGUCUUGACUACCAAGUACUUACUCAUCCCGUACGUGAGCGAGAAGGUGGACCCCAAGACACACCCGCAGUUCAGGAAUGGGCCUCAUGACUAUAUGCUGAUUGACAAACACGAGGUGAACUACAAGUCGUCCGGUCCACACGAGUGUGAUAAGAUUGGCGUCAGCUUCUCUGCAUUCCGAGCUCAGGCACCUAUGGGCUGCUCGCAGAAACAAGGAGACUGUCUUCAUAACCAACCCAAGGACUAUUUCGAGGAAGAUACGAAACGACGAGCCUCCGGGAAAACCCCGUAUUAUUUUCCUCAGAAGUUCGGCAAGCUGCUAGGAGUAAACCAGCGUAAAGACAACAAUCAUUUCGUGCUGACGUACGAAGUAGACGAGGUGAUGACGAGUAUGGUGACGUUACAGAUUAGCGCCGAUGACGUCAUACUCAUAUACAAUAGGGCUGAAGGCAAGAUAUUGCGCGCGUACGCCCAGGAUUUCGAGGCCCUGUCACGUGACGGUAACCUGUACGUCAUCGUACAAAACAUCGGCCUCGUCACGGCAGACUUUUACGUGGUGAUCAAGGAGUGUUCAGUGGGUAUCGGCAAACUGCUGGAGAAGGCAGCUUCUAUCAACCCACAGCAGACGCACUCCUUCACGUUCAGUGUGAAGGCGCAGCAGUGGAAAGGCGGAGACAAUUUCUGUAUAGUUCAACUGUACGAUGCGCGGCGAAAAAUGGUGGAUUCGUCUAAUGUGACAUUUAGGACUACCGAGCCAUGUGUCUGCGCCAGCAGCUGUGGCUGCAGCUGCUUCAAGAACGGGUUCAAGUGUACCAAGCGUGAAGACCGAGACUUCACCAAAACCAAACCCAAAGAUUCCGGGCUCGACCUCGGCUUCUUCCCCAAGCUUUGGAACAAAAUCAAGAAUGUCUGGGAUACCGUUACUUCCGUGUUUAACUUCAUGGAGUCCGGGUGGGCGUUGCUCGGGACUGCCCUUGGGCUGUUGUCACUUGGAGGGCUCAAGGCGUUUCUUGGGUUCCGGAAGACUGGGUCGCGUAUCGCGCGGUUUGGCUUUGGAGGAGCUAACAAGGGGCGCGUUCGCAGGCGCGAUGGAUCAGGGAGAAUGGUUACCAUGGAGUUCAAUGAGACGGGAGAUCGAAUAGACCCUGAAACUAAAGAAGUGAUCGAACCGAGGAACAAGAAGAAAGAACUCCUCCUCAACCUGUUCUUUUUCUUCAUCCUCCCCUUUCUCCUAAUUUACCACCUUGUGGGGUGGAUCCGAUGGCGCAUGCGAAAGCCUGGGAGCGAGGACGAGGAGCAGGCGGGCACUGGUGACGAACAAGGCGGGGCCUCGCCUCUACACAACAUUGAAGCACGGGCGGCCGUGGAUCAGUUCCUCCAGCCGGACACGAUAGUGUACCACAGCUACUCCCAAGAUGACUAUGUCGCACAGUUUUUGAUUAAUCCUGGAAAACGUUUUUGUAUGGCGGGAAGGAUGACUUCACUCUCAGGGCCAUCCGCUGACCAAUUCAGAUUUGACUUGCUUCAAGCGAUCCAGAUCUACGAGGUGAUCGAUAACAAGCGGAGACGACUUGAGUCCGUGAACUCGCUCAACGCUCACUAUUUCUCUCGACUCCUCAAUGCCGAAGCUAUGAUCGAUUGCCUGUCGCUCAAACCUGCCUUUCCUUGCCUCAACGUCAACAGAAAGCGCAAACCUAAACAAAAAUGAGAUGCUAAAGUUUACGCAGUGCUAGUCGUGCGUCAACCAAGCGAAUGCAUACAGUUAUAGCUGAGCUAGUCUAGCUGAAGCUAGAGAUAUGAUGUACUAUACUAUGAGGCUGAAGCCACUUCGUAAAACUAAUUUUACUAAAGUUUUCAAUUUUUCUGCAUGCACUCGCCAAGAUUCUCAGCAGCUUAAUCGCCUUCUGCUCUCCGUCAUUCAAAACCCUUUGAGUGUUUUCAUUAGCAUCACUGAAAUGGUUUCAAUCACGCCCAUUCCCCGCAAGGCACUGGCCAAUAAAAAAAAGCACCAAAUGUAAUUCCGUUUGAAUGACAGAAUCAGUUUAGUAGUUGAGAUUAUUGACGAGAGUUCGCAGAAUAGUGAAAGAGAAGCAGAAACGAGAAGAACAACAAUAGAAUGUCAACCGCGUGGCAGGUUAAACCAGAACGCGCACUAUAAAAAGGAACUUGCCUUAGGCAAGCUGUAAUUCGUCAUUUGACAUCACUGAGUGCAGAGCUCCGUAGAGAGAGACCAAAAUAAUAUAAUUAAGUUCUAGAGUGGCCGAUAACACACUAUAGAAACAAACAUAGCCUUUUCAACAGCUGUUUCUUGAAACAGAACGAAAAAUAGCGAGAAAUAGAUAGGUUUUGAAGCGAUGGAUAUUUCAAAUUUGUUGUUUGUACGCGCGCGCACUAUAAUGACUCCAUUUUAAAAGAGCGCGCUGUUUUUAAAUUUUAUUUAUAGCGCGCGUUCGUGUUUAACAGUGAACAAUUCACGCAGGAUACCAACAUUGUGUUGGUCUCCUUAGGCGUGGUGGGACCAGAGAAAGAAUUCAACCCGAGGUUAAAAUUGUAUGUAUAACGCCUGAGCGUAAGCCCUCCGUCGAAGCCAAACAUACAAUUUCAAAAGUAUAAUAGACGCGCUACUUUUCAUGUGCCACUCCGAAUGUAAAUACAGGCAAAUCAAGAUAAAAAAAUCGACUUAAUUCAUUUGCAUUUACCGUUAUGGUUCAAAUAAGCGCACGGUGCGCGAGGUCGAAGGGGGCCGCUUAUUGGGGAGGGGGCGCUUAUUCAAAGAGGGUGCUUAUUCGAAUCAUUACGGUAUUUGUAUUUGAAAAGACAGGCACAUGUAAAGAAAGGCGUCUAAAACUAGGCCUAAAUGAGUAAGAUUGGUUGAAUCAGGAUUACCCUGAGCGAACAAAAUAACAAAACAAAAUAUUCUACUUGCAAGAUAUCAUGGGACCGUCAAAAAAUAUUUUUGUUCACGUGACCAAUUAAAGUGUUCAUUCUAUAUCAAUACAAUGAGUAUUUUAAGAUCAGUUUGUCUAGGCGGUCUUACCGCUAUUGUAGGUAGGUGCAAUUCGUCCAUUCAAUUGCAUUCAUGUGCGAUUGUGGUGUUUGAUCAGUUGGUGUGCUUUUAAACUGCUCGUUGUAUCACCUGUUUUUCCAUUUCCGAUUGGGAUUGUCUUCGUGCGCUUUUGAAAUUAAUCGAGCUCGCGUAAUGUCAAACUCUGACUUAUCUACGAGAUUGCAAA